UCUGACAAUACUUUUAUGCAUUUUCAGAUCUAUGACAUUUUUCAGCUGCUACCAUCCAAGAUUCAGGUCGGUGUUUUCUCUGCCACAAUGCCACCUGAGGCUCUUGAGAUCACCAGGAAGUUCAUGAACAAGCCUGUAAGGAUUUUGGUGAAACGUGAUGAGCUCACCCUCGAGGGUAUCAAGCAGUUUCAUGUCAAUGUUGAAAAGGAGGAAUGGAAGCUUGAGACGCUCUGUGAUCUUUAUGAGACACUAGCAAUUACCCAGAGUGUUAUCUUUGUGAACACGAGGCGGAAGGUUGACUGGCUCACUGACAAGAUGCGCAGCAGAGACCACACGGUUUCUGCCACCCAUGGAGACAUGGACCAAAACACCAGAGACAUUAUCAUGAGGGAGUUCCGAUCCGGUUCCUCCCGCGUGCUUAUAACUACUGAUCUGUUGGCCCGUGGUAUUGAUGUGCAGCAGGUUUCUCUUGUGAUAAAUUAUGAUCUCCCAACACAGCCAGAAAACUACCUCCAUCGUAUUGGUCGUAGUGGACGAUUCGGGAGAAAGGGUGUUGCCAUCAAUUUCGUGACCAGGGAUGACGAAAAGAUGCUGUUCGACAUCCAGAAGUUUUACAAUGUUGUAGUUGAAGAGCUGCCGGCAAAUGUUGCUGAUCUCCUUUAAAGAUCAGGUUUUUGUUCGGUUGUGGUGGUGAAAGGCUUUUUAAUUUGGAAGCCAUAAUUAUUUUCUUUCUUGUAGGUUAAGGGUCAUUAUUAGAAUGGAUUGAACUUACCCGGGAGUUGUGGGAGUUUCCCCAAUUCUUGUUUUGGGUUUAGAAGAAAACCAUUAUUGCAAAUUUUGUUUCAUGCUUUGGUACUUUUAGCGUCUAUUGUCCCGGACAAACUUUAAAAAACUGAUUGUUGUUUGGAGUGAAAUUAUUCUGUGCAAA